UUGAAAAACAAAGAUGAGGCUGGUUCUGUAUUAUGUGAUAGUGUUGGGGUCCAGUUAUGUCAUCUCAACUUAUGGGCCCCAUCAGAGAGCACAGAUGACUGGUGAUAUUUUGCUCGGAGGUCUUUUCCCCAUACACUUUGGAGUUGCAUCCAAAGACCAAGACCUCGCAGCCCGGCCUGAAUCCACAAAGUGUGUUAGGUUCAAUUUCCGUGGCUUUCGUUGGCUCCAGGCCAUGAUUUUUGCUAUUGAUGAAAUAAACAACAGCAGUACUCUCCUGCCCAACAUCACCCUGGGCUACAGGAUCUUUGACACAUGCAACACAGUGUCAAAAGCUCUGGAAGCUACGCUUAGUUUUGUGGCUCAAAAUAAGAUUGACUCCCUGAAUUUAGAUGAAUUUUGUAACUGCACCGAUCACAUCCCAGCAACCAUUGCAGUAGUAGGAGCAGCUGGAUCUGCAGUCUCCACAGCAGUCGCAAACCUACUGGGUCUUUUUUAUAUUCCUCAGAUCAGCUAUGCCUCUUCUAGUCGCCUCCUCAGCAACAAGAAUCAGUACAAGUCCUUCAUGAGAACCAUUCCUACAGAUGAGUACCAGGCCACAGCCAUGGCAGACAUCAUUGAGUAUUUCCAGUGGAACUGGGUCAUAGCCGUGGCUUCAGAUGACGACUAUGGACGUCCAGGAAUUGAAAAGUUUGAGAAGGAGAUGGAGGAGCGAGACAUCUGCAUUCACCUGAAUGAGCUCAUAUCUCAGUACUUUGAGGAUCAUGAAAUCCAAGCACUGGUUGACAGGAUCGAGAACUCCACAGCUAAAGUCAUAGUUGUGUUUGCCAGCGGCCCAGAUGUCGAGCCUUUGAUCAAAGAGAUGGUGAAGAGAAACAUCACAGAUCGUAUCUGGUUAGCCAGUGAAGCGUGGGCCAGCUCCUCUCUUAUUGCUAAACCAGAGUAUCUUGAUGUUGUGGCAGGUACCAUUGGCUUUGCUCUAAAGGCAGGACAUAUUCCUGGCUUUAAAGAUUUCUUACAGCAAGUCCAACCAAAGAAAGACAGUCAUAAUGAAUUUGUCAGGGAGUUUUGGGAGGAAACCUUCAACUGUUAUCUUGAGGACAGCCUGAGACAGCAAGAGAGUGAGAAUGACAGCACUAGUUUCAGGCCUUCGUGUACUGGUGAGGAAGACAUCACAAGUGUUGAGACCCCGUACCUGGACUACACACACCUUCGAAUCUCCUAUAAUGUGUAUGUUGCAGUUCAUUCUAUUGCACAGGCCCUGCAGGACAUACUCACCUGCACACCUGGCCACGGACUCUUUGCCAACAAUUCCUGUGCAGAUAUAAAUAAAAUGGAAGCAUGGCAGGUCCUGAAGCAGCUCAGACAUUUGAACUACACCAACAGUAUGGGGGAAAAGAUGCACUUUGAUGAGAACGCAGACCUGGCAGCAAACUACACCAUCAUAAACUGGCACAGGUCAGCUGAGGACAGCUCUGUGGUGUUUGAGGAGGUCGGAUACUACAACAUACACAUCAAGAGGGGAGCCAAGCUGUUCAUUGAUAAGACAAAGAUUUUGUGGAAUGGAUACAGUUCUGAGGUGCCUUUCUCUAACUGCAGUGAAGACUGUGAUCCUGGCACAAGAAAGGGGAUCAUAGACAGUAUGCCCACAUGCUGCUUUGAAUGCACUGAGUGCUCAGAUGGAGAGUACAGUUAUCAUAAAGAUGCCAGUGUUUGCACCAAAUGUCCAAAUAACUCUUGGUCCAAUGGGAACCACACAUUCUGCUUCCUGAAGGAAAUUGAGUUUCUCUCCUGGACAGAACCAUUUGGGAUAGCUUUGGCCAUAUGUGCAGUGCUUGGAGUUGUCUUAACAGCCUUUGUGAUGGGAGUCUUUGUCAGAUUUCGCAACACCCCAAUUGUGAAAGCCACAAACCGAGAACUGUCCUUCGUCCUCCUGUUUUCACUCAUCUGUUGCUUCUCCAGCUCCCUCGUCUUCAUUGGAGAGCCCCAGGAUUGGACAUGCCGUUUACGCCAACCUGCCUUUGGGAUCAGUUUUGUUCUCUGUAUCUCCUGUAUCCUGGUGAAAACUAACAGAGUACUUUUGGUAUUUGAAGCCAAGAUCCCCACAAGCCUCCAUCGUAAAUGGUGGGGAUUAAACCUGCAGUUUCUGUUGGUGUUUCUUUGCACAUUUGUCCAAGUUAUGAUAUGUGUGGUCUGGCUUUACAACGCCCCUCCAUCCAGCUACAGGAAUCACGACAUCGAUGAGAUCAUUUUUAUCACCUGCAAUGAGGGAUCUGUGAUGGCUCUUGGGUUUCUUAUUGGCUACACAUGCCUCCUUGCAGCUAUAUGUUUCUUCUUUGCAUUUAAAUCACGGAAACUUCCAGAGAACUUUACAGAGGCCAAGUUCAUCACUUUUAGCAUGCUCAUAUUCUUUAUCGUUUGGAUCUCUUUCAUCCCUGCAUACUGUAGUACUUAUGGCAAGUUUGUUUCAGCUGUGGAGGUCAUUGCUAUUCUGGCAUCCAGCUUUGGGAUGCUGGCCUGUAUCUUCUUCAACAAGGUCUACAUCAUCCUCUUCAAGCCCUCCAGGAACACCAUCGAGGAAGUCCGAUGCAGCACUGCAGCCCACGCUUUCAAAGUGGCUGCCAAAGCUACGCUGAAACACAACACAGCUGCACGAAAAAAGUCCGGCAGCAUCGGCGGAUCCUCUGCCUCGACUCCGUCCUCAUCCAUUAGCCUCAAGACCAACGGCAACGACUGCGACAUGACUUCAGGAAAGCAUAUGCCUAGGGUGAGCUUUGGCAGUGGAACAGUUACCCUGUCCCUGAGCUUUGAAGAGUCGAGGAGAAGCUCCCUUAUGUGA